AUGUAUUUGUCUGGUCAUUUGACUCUGUUGUUGUAUUCCAUUGGUGUUCCUGAGUCGCGACUGUACACUUUUGGUAGGAGCUCUGCCCCUCGUACGGUGUUGGUGGCUAAGAAGUGGGGAGACGAUGAUGCAACGGAAGCCUUGGUGGAAGUGGCUAAUUGGGUCAGGAAUGAAAGGGGACUAACAGUUCUACUUGAUCCUAAUGAUCCUGAUGGGUGCAGGAAGAAGUGCGUUGAGGGAGAUGGUGGAGAGGGUGUUCGUAUGGUGAUGGCAGAUGGUAAGGAAGUGAUGCUGGCAGACCCUGAUACGUACGAUUGCGAACCUGUGAUGGUCGACCUGGUUAUUUGCCUCGGUGGUGAUGGCACUGUCCUGCGAACGAUAAUGUGGCUUGAAACCGACAACUUGUAUCGACGUGGUAACAUAGUAUCGCUGAUGCCUCCACCGGUGGUGGCGUUCGCUCUCGGCAGUCUAGGGUUCCUCACACCACACUCUUUCGAAAAGUAUCGAGAGCUCCUUAACAAGGUCUUUGACGCACCAGUAGAGGAUGUACUCAAGGCGAAUGAUGAGGAAAAAUCAAAG